AUGGAUGCCGAUGUCGAUGCGAUCGAUAUCGAUGAUGAUGAUGAUGACGACGAUGCUAGUAUAAUCAGCAUCGCCAACGACUCCCACAGUGAGGACGAUGACGCCCUCACUGGUGAAGACAAAAUUCUUUCAGCAGUUCACACGAAGCGCAUUGCUGUUGACAACAGGAUGUAG